AUGCUAUUACACCUAUUAUCACUACUAGUCCUCACUGCGCCUACGAUUCUAUGUCUGGACCACUACUUUGAUGUCUCGGGAGACGGGAAAGAUAGCUACAUUCUACAAGCAAUACAAGACCAAGAUAAAGAGCUCAAGAUUGACAAUAUCUUGCGCAACCCACUAAAGUACAAAGAUUUUCCUCCUUUGGUCAGUGAACCAAAAAAGUCGCAAAGAACUUUGGAACAAGGACAUAUACCGCAAUACGUAAUAGACUACGCGCCUUUGGUUCAUUUAUACAGUGAAGAAAGAUAUCUUCCUUACGACAUUGGCGAAUACGUCACCAAUUUCCAUGUAACGUUUGAGAAUGGAUCAGUCUAUCCUGGCACUGAAACUGACAUGAAUUUGGACAAAUUAUCUAAACUCAAACACACUUCGGACUUGUUUCUAACAUCAAACUCGGAUUUUGAUAAGGAUCCCGAUUGGAUCACUGGCGUAAAGAACAAACCUAAUUUGAUAAAUGGCGAGAUCAAAAAUGCUCCAGCAACUUUGAUUGUUGUCGACAAGGGGUUUGGAUGGGUUGAUGCAUACUGGUUCUACUUCUAUUCUUUCAAUUUGGGUCCCUUUGUUAUGGGUCAGGGACCUUAUGGCAAUCAUGUGGGAGAUUGGGAACAUUCAUUGGUUAGAUUUUACAAAGGUGAACCAGUUAUCGUUUGGAUGUCGGCACAUGGUGGAGGCGGUGCAUUUUACUACCAUAAUUUGGAGAAAUAUGCGCUUGACCCAAGGCAUCCAGUCAUUUUCAGUGCUAGAGGAACUCAUGCCAACUACCCCAGUGUAGGCCAACACCCUCACGACUUACCAUAUGAUAUAUUGAGUGACUUUACUGAUCGUGGUCCAUUGUGGAACCCAUCUAGAAACUACCUUGGAUACACUUAUGAUGGUAAACACGUGUUUCCAGCAACCAACAACUCAAAUCCAAGACAUGUUGGUCGUGAAUGGAGGUACGGAAACUGGCUAGCUUUUAAGGGGCAUUGGGGUGAUAAGCAAUUGCCCGAUGACGACAAGAGACAAACGUACUCCUUCAUUGGCGGUCACAAGUACAUCAAUGGCCCCACAGGACCCCUUAUGAAAAACUUGCUCAGAGUCGUGCCUUGCGAACGUGCCAAAUGGUGGAAUUUUUGGAGUGGGUGCAAUGUGAGACAAAAUAUCAAGUGGGGAGUAGGUAUAGAGAGUGAGGGAUACAAUUGUGGCAACUUGUUUGUCAAGGUUCGUCCUAGAUGGUUAAAGACGAUAUUACAGAAAGUCACUUGGGGUGGUGGAUUUUGCUACAUUGUGGAUUUACUUUACGGCUGA